UGUGCUCAUGUUAAAUACUAAAACCUGAGCAUUUACAGAUAAACCUACAGGUUCUGCUCCAGACUCGAGUUGUAGACAGAAGAUCUCUGCGAUGACAGGAGACUCUGCCAAAGCGGGCCUCCCCAACGGCUCCGGCCGGCCCAAGGACGUGCUGCCGCCCUCGGAGGAGAAGAUGGAGGAGCGAGGCCAGUGGAGCAACAAGCUGGAGUUCAUCCUGUCGGUGGCGGGCUCCAUCAUCGGCCUGGGCAACAUGUGGCGCUUCCCGUACCUCUGCUACAAGAACGGAGGAGGUGCAUUCCUCAUCCCGUACCUGAUCUUCCUGUUCACCUGUGGCGUCCCCGUCUUCUUCCUGGAGACGGCUCUGGGUCAGUACACCAGCCAGGGAGGCAUCACUUGCUGGAGGAAAAUCAGCCCCUUGUUCGAAGGUCUGGGCUACGGCACCCAGGUGAUAGUGACUCUGCUGAACUUCUACUACAUCGUCGUCCUGGCCUGGGGGAUCUUCUACCUGUCCUUCUCCUUUUCCUGGGACCUGGCCUGGUCGUCCUGCAACAACACGUGGAACACAGAGCACUGCGUGGAGUUUCAGAGGAGGAACACUUCAGCCAACCAAGAGAUCUAUCAGAACAGCACCUCUCCUGUCAUGGAGUUCUGGGAGAGAAGAGCGCUGAGGAUUUCCCCGGGCCUCGACCACAUGGGCUCCCUGAACUGGGACCUGGCCCUGUGUCUGCUCAUCGCCUGGGUCAUGUGCUACUUCUGCAUCUGGAAGGGGGUCAAAUCCACGGGAAAGGUGGUCUACUUCACUGCCACUUUCCCCUACGUGAUGCUGAUCGUGCUGCUGAUCCGGGGGCUCACCCUGCCCGGCGCGGCCAUCGGCAUAAAGUUCUACCUUUACCCUGACCUGGGGCGUCUGGCGGACCCACAGGUGUGGAUGGAUGCCGGUACCCAGAUCUUCUUCUCCUACGCCAUCUGUUUAGGGUCUCUGACCGCUCUGGGCAGCUACAACAAAUAUAAUAAUAACUGCUACAGAGACUGCUUGUCGCUCUGCUUCCUGAACAGCGGCACUAGCUUCGUGGCGGGCUUCGCGAUCUUCUCCAUCCUGGGCUUCAUGUCCUACGAGCAGAAUGUUCCCAUCUCGGAAGUGGCAGAGUCGGGCCCCGGUCUGGCUUUCAUAGCUUACCCCCGAGCCGUAAGCAUGAUGCCCUUCUCUCCUCUGUGGGCCGCCCUCUUCUUCAUCAUGAUCGUUUUCCUGGGGCUAGACAGCCAGUUUGUGUGCGUCGAGAGCCUCGUGACCGCCGUGGUCGACAUGUAUCCAGCUGUGUUCCGCCGUAAGAACCGCAGGGAGCUCUUCCUCUUAGCCGUCUCCCUGUUCUCCUUUCUCAUGGGCCUCAUCAUGCUCAUGGAGGGGGGCAUGUACGUCUUCCAGCUGUUCGAUUACUACGCGGCCAGUGGCAUGUGUCUUCUCUUCAUGGCCAUCUUUGAGUCGGUCUGCAUUGCGUGGGUCUACGGCGCUGAUCGCUUUUACGAUAACAUUGAGGACAUGAUUGGCUACCGCCCGGGACCUUACAUCAAGUUCUGUUGGUUGUUCUUCACCCCGGCCACGUGCAUCGGUACCUUCGCCUUCUCCCUCAUUAAAUACACUCCUCUGAAGUACAACAAUGAGUAUGUGUACCCGUGGUGGGGGUAUGCCAUUGGCUGGCUGCUCGCUCUCUCCUCUAUGGUCUGCAUCCCGUUUUGGAUGGUGUAUAAGAUCAGCACCACCCAGGGAACUCUCAGAGAGCGCAUCCAGGUGCUCACCACACCGGCCGACGAUUUACCCAAAACCAAGAGGGAGCAGGAGAGGUUACUGGCCAUCUUCGCUCCCGAGGGAGGAGCUGCCAAGGCUACAAACGGCUACUUCCCCGUGUCAGAGAAAGACUCCAAUUUAUGAGCGGCGACGAGUGUGUGGGACCCAUCGGUUUCGGCUACAUCUCUGACUUCCUGCACCCUUGCAAGAAGGUAUCAAAUCGCCCAAUUAAAUGCAGACGUGGAGGACUCGGAACAUAAUGGCGUGUCGCAAUUUUGUUUUUUGUACACUGAGAGAUAAGAGGAGGGCGAAGGACGAGAAAUUAAAGAGAAUUUGCCAUUUAUUGAAUUAUUUAGAAGUGGAUUUUUCAGGGACGAAACGAAAUUGCUCAACUCACUCUGAAAUCUGUUAAUGAAUUGGAAUGUACAGUAUAGAGGAUAAUGGUUGUAUGUAAGAAAAAAACAAUGAUAAAAGACUAGGUUAACCAUUGAAAGUUACAAAUAACAAUGGGACACCUACAAAUUCAUCAACUGAAUGAUGAUUCUUUAUAUAUCUGCCACCACGAUGUGGCUACUGAGUCACACUUGUAUCAUAUAUGUGUAUUAUGAUGAAUGAUCUGUUGUGCUUUAUAGUGGACACGUGAAUAUAGAUUAGCAGUAAACAUUAUACGACUAUAGUUUUACAUGUAGAGGACUAACACGGUAUAUAAAGCUCAUUUUUGUACUGUAACAUAAUAUGACUGUACAAAGAAAUGUGAAUCUUGUAAGUAUGGUUUUCAAUAAAAACUCUAUGUUGUCUUGA